CACCACACACUGUUUACAUUGCACGAGGUUGAAUAGAGAUCCGAACGAGGGGAAUCGACGACCGCUAUGAUGACGCUCGAGGAGUCGUGGGAGGCCGUCAAGCAGGCGGCCGAGAAGAACAGGCACGAACUGGUGCUGUCGGGCCCGUCGGUGUCCAAGCUGAUCGAAACGUCCGGCCUGGAUAAGAAUCUGUUUAACCUCCACAACUUGAAUUAUCUCAGCAUAACGCAUACGCGUCUUCAGGAGGUGCCGGACGACAUCGAGAGGCUGGCGAAUCUCGCGACCUUGGUGCUGCACUCGAACGAGCUCGCCGAGUUGCCGUGCGCGAUCGCCAGGCUGCCCAAGCUGAAGGUGCUCGAUUGCUCGAUGAACAAGCUGACCAAGCUCCCGACGGAGCUCGGCAGUCAUCCCCAUCUGAGCACGAUAAACCUCGCCUCGAAUCUUCUGCGGAGCCUACCCCCGCAAAGCUCGUGCUGCGCGAAAUUGAGCAUCCUGGAUGUGUCGAACAAUCAGCUCGAGGCCUUCCCCGACGUUUGCCACGCGGAGCUCGUGCACCUGUCCGAGAUCCACGUCAACGGGAAUCGGAUAGCGGAAAUUCCAAUUAGUAUAAAUCGACUGCAAGGACUGAAGAUCCUGAACAUGGCGGACAACUUGAUUUCUGUUGUACCAAGCGAAUUAGCGGAUUGUAGCAAACUGAAGGAGGUGUACCUGAAGGGGAAUAAAUUGUCGGACAGGAGGCUAACGAAACUGAUUAACCAAUGUUCCACCAAGCAAGUGCUCGAUUACGUGAAGUCGCACUGCCCGAGGAGCGAAUUGUCCACGGCGGAGGCUAACACGUCGAAGAAGGGAAAGAAGGGCCAGAGGGUCUCCGAGAGCGAGACAACGGUGGACAGUUUGGCGCACAGAUUGAAAGUCUUGAAGGUGGCGGACGACACGCCGGUGAUAAAAGUUACGGAGCACGUGAAGAUUAUCCGGCCCUACAUAGCCGCGUGCAUCGUGAGGAAUAUGAGCUUCACGGAGGAGAGUUUCAAGAAGUUCAUCCAGCUGCAGACGAGAUUGCACGAUGGGGUAUGCGAGAAGAGGAAUGCGGCUACAAUAGCGACUCACGACUUGAAACUCGUUGCACCGGGUGCCCUCACGUACACGGCGAAGCCACCCACAGAAUUGGAAAUAAAGCCUCUAAUGCACAGCAAGACGUACACGGGUGCGGAUCUAUUCCAGAAGCUGCAGACGGAAGCUGAGAAUCUGCGUAAGGAGAAGAAACGAAACGUGUAUUCCGGAAUACACAAGUAUUUGUAUAUGCUGGAAGGCAAGGCUUUGUUCCCGUGUCUGUUGGACGAGUCGCAGCAGGUUAUUUCGUUUCCACCCAUCACAAACAGUGAUGUGACGAAAAUGUCUGCAACCACACAAGCGAUGCUUGUAGAAGUAACGAGUCCUUUGUCAUACACGAUUUGUAGGAACGUGUUGGACCAAUUCCUGAAAGAAUUGAUAGUCUCAGGCGUUACUGAUUCCGCAGAAUCAAAGGACAUGGAGGACGGCAAGUGUAACAAUUUGAUGGUUCAGCAAGUCAAAAUAGUCGACACCCAGGGAAACCUGAAGUUGGUGUAUCCUUCGAGGGCGGAUUUGAAUCUUAGCGAGCAGCUUGUCGUCGUGUCGCGGGAAUAAGGAAGACUAGCGGUGGGGAAUAGCUCAAGUUUUGUCGAGUCCAGAUUUGCUUAAAAAAAAAUUUUUUUCUGUAAAAAAAACGAGAAAGAAAUCUA